UCCAGACAGCCCAGAGAGGACUCUGCUCUGGCCGUGGUCAUAGUUCUCUUCCUCUGAGCAUACAGCUCCGCCUGCUGGACCCCCAACCCUCUGCCCAGAGCUUCCUGGGGGCUUCCCACGGACGGUCCUGCUCAUCCAGCACCCUUGGAGCCCCCUAGGUACAGGCUGCUGCAUCCCCACCUCUGGCAGCGAUGAGGUCCCGGCUGCUGCUUUCUGUGGCUCAUCUCCCCACCAUUCGGGAGGCCUCGGAGGAGAUGCUGCCCGGGGGGCAUGGGCGGGAACCACCAGCCUCCCCCAGCCUGGAUGACUACGUGAAGUCCAUCUGUCAGCUGGCGCAGCCCACUUCACUGCUGGAGGAGGCUGCUGCCAGCGUCCGACCCUGUAGACCGCACCGGCCAGUCAAGGCCUGUCAGAAGAACAGCCUCACAGACUCCCUACAGGACAUCACCACCCGCUUCAGUGGCCAGCAGCCCACACUGCCUGGGGCUGGCACUGCUGACCCCUUGGACUGGCUCUUUGGAGAAUCCCAGGAAAAACUGCCAAGUAGGAAUGACCUGUCACGGAGGACUGGCCCAUCUGCUGACUCUUGGGGUUCACACAAGCAGACGGAUAGCAGCAAGGCCCAGGUGGCUCCCAGAGGCAGGCUCAGUGAUGCCAGGGUGCCAGGGCACUCUCUGGAAAAACUGUCCAGGGGCUGGCACCAGGGGUCCCGGGCUUUGGGACAGUCUGUCCAGGCUGUAGCCUCCCCCAUCAGCUCGCACCCCAACAGUGUCCUUAGAACUCUCUAUUUGCACCUCCCAGUGAUCCAUGAACUCUGACCCCUCCCCAAUAAAGACUUUUGGAAAGAACAUGCAGGUCUGUGUCAACUCCCCACCUUCCCUUCCCUGAGUGGGCACUGGCCCUGGCAAGGGAAACUUUCUGCAGGGUGUUGGCAAUUCAUGGUGAGACCCCUACUCUGAAAGGCAGUAACAGCCUAUCUCACAUGAUGAGGUGACACUCAUCCCGUUUGCACUACUUCUUUCUGGCUGAUCACUGUGCAUUCUUUACUGUCUCUGUUCCUUGGUUUUCUCCUGGUUUGUAAAACAGGGGUAAUGACUGGAACCUGCGAUGAGUAAAUGGUCUAAAAUUCACAUAGAUCACAGGGCAAAAAUCACAACUCACACACAAACAGCUAUUAUGGAUGUAGUUGCUUCACAGGUGGGGAAACAAGUUGGUGGGGGGUGGGG